CAGCGUUCUCCCCCGCUGAGCGCUUCCGGUGGUGUUUCCUGUCAGUGUUUGUAAACUGAGAAAAAAAAAUUGGAAGUGCGACAAGAAACAAUAACCGAGAAACUGUGAGAACCGGGAGGCUUUGGCCCCUGAUGAUUUGGGUGGGUGUGGUCUCUUCUGUCACCCCUCAUCCUGAGUGAAGCCCCCUCUGUUCCCCCCCAAACACACACGCAUUCAAACCAAGGCGAUGACACACCAUUCCAACAACUCUGUCCGAGACCAUAUGAAAUGGGCUGGGUUGCUGGGUUGUGAGGCAGUGCUGUCCAGCAUGGCCCUGAUGCAAGCCAACAGCAUCCCAGGCCAGAAGAAGAUGAUGUCAAACUUGGGCCAGGGGCACAGGGCCAGCAACGAGAGCCAGCAGAGCCACUCACAACACCAUAACCACCAUGGACACCAGGUUCACCACGGACAACCACACCACAGCCACAUGGGCCAUCCCUCAUCCGGGAGCUGUCCUCCCCUGCUAAUCCGAAAGGACGGUGAUUAUCACUCAUCAAAGCUGAUGGACGGAAAGGACAUGCAGGCAAACCAGAAUAUGCAACCCAAGAAGAAGCACAAAAAAUCUGGGUUAUCCCACAAAGUUAAAGAGAAAGUGGAGCAUUUACUUCCAGCAGUGAGUAUGGAUGACGACAGUUCCUUGAAAGUGCAGAAGAACUUCAUCUGUGACCACUGCUACGGAGCUUUCCGGAGCAGCUACCACCUCAAGCGACACAUACUCACACAUACAGGGGAAAAGCCAUAUGCUUGUGAUGCAUGUGAUAUGCGGUUCAUUCAGCGUUACCACCUGGACAGACACAAGAGGGUGCACAGCGGAGAGAAGCCGUACCAGUGUGAUCGCUGUCAUCAGAACUUCUCACGGACAGACAGGCUGCUGAGGCACCGGCGGCUCUGCACAGUCGGAGUGAGCAAAGAAGAAAACCAGUACUCGCAGGACGCAUCUGCCCAUCCGGCCUCCUGGAGCCCCCUACAGCCUUCCAACAACCGCCUAACUGUCUGACCCCCAGACCCUCCCCCCACAGAGACAGUACAUAACAGCCGCCUGAAACUCAGUCGUGUCGAAUGUUGGAGCCCGACUGUACUGUAACCUGAAAACAGCCCGGCUUGAAUCUUUAGUUUGCUGUCAUCAGCUCAUGCAUCGAGUUUGAUGGUGGAUUUUUGUACUUUUUUUAUCUACUGUUACAGUCACAAUACACAUAAAAAGGGGGACAAUUAAUUCACAAUCUCCAACAACAGUUAAUGGUGUUAUGGCAAUAACUUAAUGACAAAGGCAAACAUCUGCUUAUAUCUGAAAGGUUUUUUGGUUUUGCUGCCAAGAGAUUCUGAAUAUUUUUGACUGCAUGGACCGUAAGUGCAUCACACAGCGCCUCCUAUGUGUCCUGCUGUCCUGCAAUCAGCCCCGGAGCUGCCUGUAACUAAACAUGGACAGUUCACUGAGGGACACAGACACAGAACCAUGUUGCUUUUUAAGUCCUGCUCAUUUUGUGUCGAUGAGGUUACUCAUCUACCAGCCUCUGCUGACAAGCAGGAACAUCACAAGACUUGUGGUCGUUGCUGCGUCGAGGAAACAGUUCUCCUCCUGUCCCAUGUGUCUGAACACCGGCAUUAUACAACACUAAAGACAGGUUAUUUAUGAUGCUCCGGAAAUGUUCAUUUUCAAUGGAUUUUGGUGUUAGUUAAGUUGUGUAGCGACUUCUGGCACGUGUUCACUGCUGUACCUUGUUUAAAAGAGGUAAUGUCCGAGCUGUGGCAGGUGACACGAUUGAAACCCGGAGCCCGUUCAGACCUGGUAUAAACAUUCGUCCCGAGUGAUCUGAUCACAUUGUUAAGUCCAAACGCAUCCUGAGAUCUGAUCACUUAAACCACAUUCAGAGGUGGUCAAGGGCGCAUGUGGCUGCAAAUGCAUCCUGGGUCACAUAUUCAGGACCGCCUGCUCAGCUGACGUCUCUGACCCGCCGCUACAGUUUCACAAAAAUGAAUCAAAAGUAUUUUUAUGCUUCUCAGUGUCCAUGCGUUGUCCGUGGCCACCGUCACAAUAUCAACAAUGAUCGACACAACGAUUGAUACUUUUUUUCCACUGGGUACAAUCUGUCAUAACAACUGAAUGAGGUUCAGUCCCUCCUGACCCUCUGUCUAUAAACCUCUCUCUUGAUCGCUUGUGCUGACGCACAGACACAGUGACAUCAGACACAUAUAGUCAGACUGGGUUAAAAACCCAAUUUGCUCGUGAUUAUUUGCAUUCAAAAGGUGGAAGUGAGAUCAACAUUCAAGCUUAAUGCUGCCCACUUGAUCUCACGUGAUCUGAUUUCUCAGUUCGGAUGUUAACACCAGGUCUGAACAGGACCCCAGUAGAAGAUUGACAGGUUUAGUAGGAAUAGCCCUGAUUGUUUUUUUUUUAAAUGCUCUUGAACAAGUUUAUUGAACGUUUUUUAAUAUUGUUAGCUGGAUGUAGGAACCACCUGUCUGUGGCACUCUCAAUAUACUGUAAAUUCAAUAUGUCUCUUUUCCUAGAAACCACUGUCAGUCUUAUUAUUUCCCCACUCUGCGUCAGAUUCCUCUGACUCUGAAAGACCUCCAUCCUUUCAGAGUGUUUCUGAUAACUGAGGCUGGGUCAGCAUAUUGCCGGUAAUCCCUGAGAUUUACCUGAGAGCGCAUUAGCCCAUGAAAUCUCAUCCAAAACUUUUUUUUACUGUUUGCACACAGGUGGAUCCCUAGACCCCAAUGAAUCAUAUUCUCUGUGGAUUCUGAGAAAAACAUUUCUUGGAGCUCAGCAGUUUAAUUCAGCUCUCAUGAAAUUGCCAGUUCGUGCAGCUUAAAGUAUAAUUUGGCUCAUCUGCAGAUUUCCAAAGCUGAUCUCCGUCUUGACCUGAGCGAAUGUGAUGUGAAUACAGUGCCAUGUCAUUUCAUCCCCACUUUGACCUUGAGCAUCUUCAGUGAAGAUGAUAAUUGUGGCUCGACGGACUACAAGGUCUACAUGGUGUUUUCUAUGAUGAUAACCUACAUUGUAUUACUGUAAGUUAUGGCUCUCUGUAGGAUCAAAUCAGUUUGUAAACACUGGACUGAAGAUAGUAGCUCAGUAGUGAAGAAGAGAGGAGUAACAUUUGUUUUCUGUUUAGACUAAAGCCUGUUUUUAAAGUAGACUGGUAGUUCUGUUGCUUUCAGACUUUUAGAUCGUGGGGAAGGAGACUGACUUGUCUACUGUUUAUGAAGUUAAUAUAUAUUUAAAUUGUAUUAGGGGUAGAAAAUAGUACGUACGGGACCUACACUCCAAAAACAAAUCAAAGUAUUUACAAAGUUAUAAACCUUAGUCUGAUGAUUUCUUAUGGCAACUGAAAAGGCCGUAGCGAGUUAUUGUUCAUCUUGUUAGCUGGAGUAAAGUAAGAGCCGACACUCUUACCAAUUUUAGAAUAGCAGCCAUGACUGUCACCAUAUUUUUUUUUUACAUUUUUCUUUUGCAUGUAUUUGUUGGAGGAACUUGUACAUAUAUAUUUUGUUCUGGUAAAUGUCUUUUUUUUUUUAAAUGCCAGCCUCAGUUUGUUUUUGUCAUUUCAGGGGUGUGAAGUAAAGACUCAGUCAAUCAAAACUGUAGUGAAUGGAGUUUUAGGCCCCAAGUCUCAAUAAAGCUGUUACAUUUUUUUCAACAAA